UCAAGUUGGAGCUCAGUGGACUUCAUUCUGUGGCUGGUUUGCGUAGGCUUCAGUGAGCCACUGCAGCAGCAACUGACCAAGCACGCCGCCGCCACUGCUGUUGUGAGAGAAGAAAACAAGCUCAGCGAGCAGUCCGCUAAAGCUGUGUGAUCAUUGACAGAGUUCAAUACACACAAGCUCCGAGUGAUAACUGGUGGGAGCUUUGUGCGGCUCUGAGCCUCCUCAAGUACCAACGGCUGGGUGUAUUUUUUUGUCACUGAAGUCGAGGUAUUAUAUUAUAUAGUUGUUUUUUGUAUCUGAGCCACUGUCAGGCAGUUGACCAAUAGGAGCAGUUUGCACAAUUUCCACCAGCUUGUCUGCAGCCCCCUCCCAACCCAGACAGUCUUCUGCCCCAGCAUGAAUGAAGUCAGUGUUGUGAGAGAGGGAUGGCUUCACAAGAGAGGUGAAUACAUCAAAACAUGGCGGCCUCGUUACUUCAUCUUAAAGAGUGAUGGCUCCUUCAUUGGCUACAAAGAGAAGCCUGAGGUGUCCAGUGACCACAGCCUCCCGCCGCUCAACAACUUCUCUGUCGCAGAAUGCCAGCUGAUGAAGACAGAGCGACCCAGGCCCAACACGUUUGUCAUUCGUUGUCUGCAGUGGACCUCGGUUAUUGAACGCACCUUUCACGUGGACAGCAACGAGGAGAGGGAGGAAUGGAUGAGAUCGAUCCAGGCAGUGGCAAAUAGCCUGAAGAGUCAGCAGCAGGAUGAGGAGCCCAUGGAGAUCAAAUUUGGCUCUCCGAGUGACAGCAGCGGCACAGAGGAGAUGGAGAUUGCUGUGUCCAAAUCCCACACAAAAGUGACCAUGAGUGACUUUGACUACCUGAAGCUGCUUGGCAAAGGGACAUUUGGUAAAGUUAUCCUGGUGAAGGAAAAGGCCACGGGGAUGUACUACGCCAUGAAAAUCCUUCGCAAAGAAGUCAUCAUUGCUAAAGAUGAGGUGGCACACACAGUUACAGAAAGCAGAGUUCUCCAAAAUACACGGCACCCAUUCCUAACGACACUAAAAUAUGCAUUUCAAACACAUGACCGGCUAUGCUUUGUGAUGGAGUAUGCAAAUGGUGGAGAACUCUUCUUUCACUUAUCACGGGAUAGAGUAUUCACAGAAGACAGAGCACGAUUCUAUGGUGCAGAAAUAGUGUCAGCACUGGAGUACCUACACUCACGCAAUGUAGUUUACAGGGAUUUGAAGCUGGAGAACCUCAUGUUAGACAAGGACGGCCACAUAAAGAUAACAGACUUUGGGUUAUGUAAAGAGGGGAUCACAGAUGGCGCCACCAUGAAAACCUUCUGUGGAACCCCGGAAUACCUGGCACCAGAGGUGCUGGAGGACAAUGACUACGGGCGAGCGGUAGACUGGUGGGGACUGGGUGUGGUCAUGUAUGAGAUGAUGUGUGGUCGGUUGCCCUUCUACAACCAGGACCAUGAGCGUCUAUUUGAGCUCAUCCUCAUGGAGGAAAUACGCUUCCCCAAGAAUCUGGCUCCUGAAGCCAAGGCCCUGCUGGCUGGUCUGCUCAAAAAGGAUCCUAAACAAAGGCUUGGAGGCGGACCAGACGAUGCCAAAGAAGUGAUGAGCCACAAGUUCUUCACCUCCAUCAACUGGCAGGAUGUCACUGAAAAGAAGCUUAUCCCACCCUUCAAGCCCCAGGUAACAUCAGAGACGGACACGCGUUAUUUCGAUGAUGAGUUCACAGCACAAACCAUUACGAUAACUCCUCCAGAUAAGUAUGACAGUUUAGAUGCAGAGGAUUCAGAUCAGCGUACACACUUCCCUCAGUUCUCCUACUCUGCCAGCAUACGGGAAUGAUCACUCAGACUUUUGAACAAGCGGGCAGGCUAACACACAAUCACAAUCCCACAUACACACUCGCACUGCUGGGGAAUCCGAACGACACAAACUUGGCUGGCACAAGACACAUUUUCAUUUGGUCUUUAACGCACACACACACACACACACACACACACACACAC